GAGCUUUAUCUCUUGGAUACGACAUUCUUACACUUGUACUUGCGGCCAAGCCCGAUGUGUUAAGUUCAAACACACCUCCUUCACAUCAUGCAACGAUGGCUCUUCAUUGGGGGCUCGUGAUCUUUAUGUUUUCCUUCGAUAUUCAUAGAAUGAUUGGUUUCGUGAAUGGAAUAUAUUUACCUCAUGUUGGGUUGGUUGCGCGCUUACACUACGCACUCUGCGGAUUUUGCGUUUCACACAAAACGUCUACCAACUGCCGUUUGCUAAUAGGCCUCUUAGGGCUGUACUUUCCACGACAGCCGUACACUCAGGAAUUCCUUCUCGUACUCUUCUGUACUUGCGUCAUGCUCAAUUUCUCGGCUUCAGCCUGAAUGGCUCGAGCGAACGGUCAGUCCAAUGCCACA